UCCGCCAUAUUGCAGGAAAUCCGUUUGAGGUUUAGAGAUUAGCGUUUAAUCUGAGGAGCUGGGAACGAGAGUGUGAUUGGAAGUUACUGCUAGCCAUAUGGUUAGCUCGAGUGGGCGGGUAGAUCGCGCAAUCGCUGUUGUCAGACGACAGGACAUAUGUUUAUUAAGACAAUUCGGCGCGGUUCGGCACGUUAUUAUUAUUAUGCCGAACUGACUCACGAAUCUGUGGCUAAACUGGCGAGUUGACGUUCUGACUCCGAAAAGUGGAAAAUCGGAUUAACGUUCAAGAUUGCGCACCAAACCCUAAUCAUCUUGUGUCGGUGGCUCCCGUUGCUUCGAGCCCAAGCUAUCUCAUCGAGGACGGUUUGCAGCUUAUAGACAGUUUAAUGUCAGCAGGGAAACACCGGGCUCGAUUCUACUAGUUUGUCCGCGCACGACGGUGAUAGUGUUUCUGUCAGCCAGCGAAGGGGGAAAGCGAUCGAGUCGGUGUCUGCUGGCGAUGUUAUUAUGCUGCCCUGUGACCCGUGUGGCCAACUGUUGUUCAGUGUUGACUAAAUUAGCCGUGUUAGCGUGUUAAACUGGUUCGUCGGUGUGAAUUUUGAGCAGUUUUUCGGACUCUUCUGAGUCGCUGGCCACUUCGCGAUCUCUCUCCUCGCUCUGACUGGCAGCAGCAAACACGGAGGAUAUCUUUACUCGUUUGCUGGCUAAUAAAUCCUGACUGAACUCUGAGAAGAUGUCGACGAAAGAGCCGAAAGAAAAGCUGUCGACCACCGAGCGAAUCAUUAAAACAGUGCCACUGCCUCCUCACCAGCGACUGACAAUAAAAGACCUAUAUGUGGACGGCAAGCCCAAUACUGAGCUGCUGAAGAACCAUUUGAUCAAAGAGGGACGUGUGGAGGAGGAUGCUGCGCUGCGCAUCAUAAACGACGGUGCCAACAUCCUACGGCAGGAGAAGUGCAUGUUAGAGGUGGAGGCACCAAUUACUGUGUGUGGUGACGUUCAUGGGCAGUUUUUUGACCUCAUGAAGCUCUUCGAAGUUGGUGGUUCUCCUGACAACACGCGCUAUCUCUUUCUGGGCGAUUAUGUAGACAGGGGAUACUUCAGUAUUGAGUGUGUGCUGUUCCUCUGGACACUGAAAAUCAACCACCCCAACACCCUCUUCCUCCUCAGAGGGAACCAUGAGUGUCGGCACCUCACAGAAUACUUCACCUUUAAACAGGAAUGUAAAAUAAAGUAUUCAGAGAGGGUUUAUGAUGCAUGUAUGGAGGCCUUUGACUGCUUGCCUCUUGCAGCUCUUCUAAAUCAGCAGUUCCUCUGUGUUCAUGGUGGCCUCUCGCCAGAAAUUAACUGCUUAGACGACAUUAGGAAAUUAGACAGGUUUAAGGAGCCCCCGGCAUUCGGGCCUAUGUGUGAUUUGAUCUGGGCUGACCCGGGAGAGGACUACGGCAGUGAGAAGACGGCAGAGCACUUUAACCACAACUCCGUCAGAGGCUGCUCCUAUUUCUUCAGUUAUGCGGCAGUCUGUGACUUUUUGACAAACAAUAACCUUUUGUCAGUAAUUAGAGCGCAUGAAGCACAAGAUGCAGGGUACAGGAUGUACAGAAAAAGUCAGACAACAGGCUUCCCUUCAUUAAUUACUAUUUUCUCAGCACCAAAUUACCUAGAUGUCUAUAACAACAAAGCGGCUGUGUUAAAAUAUGAAAACAACGUCAUGAACAUUAGACAGUUCAACUGCUCUCCUCACCCGUACUGGUUGCCCAACUUCAUGGAUGUGUUUACAUGGUCAUUACCGUUUGUGGGCGAGAAAGUGACUGAGAUGUUGGUGAAUGUCCUGAAUAUCUGUUCUGAUGAUGAACUCAUGUCAGAGGGAGAUGACUUGUGCGAAGGUGGGGCUCCUGCUGUUCGUAAGGAGGUGAUCAGAAAUAAGAUCCGUGCCAUUGGGAAGAUGGCUAGAGUCUUUUCUGUGCUCAGGGAAGAAAGUGAGAGUGUACUGACCCUCAAAGGGCUCACCCCAACCGGAACGCUACCUCUAGGAGUGCUGUCUGGAGGCAAGCAGACCCUACAGAAUGCCACCAUAGAAGCAAAGGAGGGUCGAGCCAUCCAAGGCUUCUCUCCAACACGGAAAAUCCGCAACUUCGAAGAAGCUCGUGGCCUGGACCGAAUAAACGAACGAAUGCCGCCUCGGAAGGACGGCCAGAAACCUGACGGUACCACAGUUAACGCUGCCAACGAGAAGAACGGCACUGACGGGAAUGUGUAAGGGGAGAUUUUGCACUUUUCCUCUCCUCCAUAGGAUUUUCUCUUUUUCUGCCACGUUCUCCAUGAGACAGACCCUUCAACUGCCGGAUCCUGCAGAGGAGAUGUGGCCUGGGAUGUGGAGAGGAAUCAUUCCACAAUCAGAGAGAGAGAGAGAGAAAACACUUAUAACUAAGUACAAACAUGAGAUUUUAUUUAUUAAAUGAAGCGUAUUAGAUGUACUUGAGAUAGCAACAUUUUAAAAACGAGUGAACAUUGGAAGUGCAAAAAGAAAAAAAAAACAGGUAUACAGUCACAAUGUGUCAACCUUUAAACCGCAACUACAGUUCAUAACUUGAGAAUGGAGUUUAAGAUGCUUUGAAAUCUAGUUAAUCCCAGUUUUUAUUAUUAUAUGUCAUGAUGUAUUUGGCAAGGGAUGGUUUGGUUGAAUAUAUUGAUGCAUGUUUAUCAAUAAAUAUGUCUGUAAGGGAUUUAUUAGCGCAAAACAAACCUAAGGGAAAGACGUUAUACUGCAAGUUCAAUUGAAACUAUUUUAUAUCUAUAAAAAAGUAAAACUCUUUUAAUAUUACUCAGUUUCAAGCUAAAUUUUGACUAAAUAUUAGCUGCUUCCGUGUUUUUUGUUUUUCCAUAGCAUUUAUAAAUGUCUUUUUUUCGAAAUACAGCACUCGAGUCUUGCCAGAUGUAAGUAGCCAUAACAUUGAUCUUAAAUAGAAGUUGUUUGAUUCUAUUUGUGAGUGGGGAAAGGACUAAAAAACAAAGCAAGUCUUAUGAAAUCACUGUCACAAUCACAAAACGUAACUUCUGCAUCUCUUUUGGAAGUUAUUUUUGGGUUUUCAGAGCUGUCAUUUGACAAGCCUUCAAGAAGAGACUCUUUUUUUUCCCUCAAUUCGUUUUUGCCUGUUUCUUAAAAUGCUAGACGAGAUUGGCAUGCAAACUGUUUUAUUUGUUAAUAUCUAUAUAUACAGUUGAAUCUGUUAGUAUGCCUAUAAGCUCUUGUACACAUGUAACAGCCAAUGUGGGAUGUGUGAAGUUGCUUUGAUUGACUUAAAAGCCAAAGUCUUCUCUCUCUUUUUUUUUUUUUUUUUUUUUUUUUUUUUUUUUUUUUUUUGUGUUGUGAUAAGUUAUUUGCCAGAGCUCUAACCGACCCCAUUUUAGGAUAGGGCGGGAAGGUAAUGGGGAAAACAAUUGCACUAAAUGCAAGUGGUUGUACAUAGAGAACACCUAAUACAUAACGUCGAAGCAGGAAGUCUUAUUUCUUAAAAGAAUGUUCUCCAGACUGUCAUUUACUGCAAAAGUAUUCAGCUUCCACUGAGAAAAUGCUCGUACAGAUUAUAUCAAUUUUAUCUGGUUUGCGCUUGAGACGUUAACAAAGCAUGCCGAGUUUGAUAAAUGUGUUUGAGCUGUAACACUACGUGAGGUAUUGUGGAAGGGAUUUAUUUGUUUCUCUUUUUUUGUGUGGCUGCUGCUUGUUUAGAGGAAGUUGUGGUUUGUCUCCACCUAACGUCCAGAUACAGAAUUUCAAGAGAUUAUAAAGAAACUGCAUUUCAAUGCGAUGUUUUAGUUGAUUUUUUUAGCUAGAGCAGCGGCUUUAGUCAUGGUGUUGAAUGUCUGAUGCUAUGCACACGAGCAACCCACCACAUUUAUCAGGUCAUUUGUGUGGAAGCAUUUAAAAAUUUUGUAAAAUGUGUUUUAUUUUGACUUUUGUUUUUAAUACAAGACCGGUUCUUUAUAUGAGACUCAUUUUACAGCACUAUUUCAGUACUAAAGCAUUUAAAUCUAAUGAUAUGGCCAAUAUGUUGUGCUCCUCUUUAGGUGUAUGAAUUCACAGCUUUUAACAGAAAUAAAUAUGUGAUUCCAGUGCAACCUUUUGACAUACAGCAUUUCCUGAAGUGUUUGUGUGUGUGCGUGUGUGUGUGUGUGUUUUGCAGGAUUAAAUCAGUGCAGUAUGUCUGUGAGCGCUAAAGGGAAAAUUUGCUACAUUUAUUUGCAUGUAUUUUAACUGAUUCCAGUGAGCGGACUGAAAUGAAGCAGCUGAGCUGGGAUCAGUUUACGGUUUUCCUUGAAUGGUUUAACAGGGUGUGGCCUGCUUGUUGUUUAAUGGCAACCUUAAGUUCUAGAGGAGGGAAGGGGAAGUUUGAAUCUCUUAAGUUUCUGUUUUGCAUUCAGCCUGAGUGUUAAAGAGCUGAAAUGUUGAGUAUUAAGCCUUCGCAGGCUCAGAGACUCAAUUAAGUCCCUGGCACACAUCUGUGGGAAUGUAUAGAGAUGUUGUUUAUGCACAUUAAUAGCAUAAUUAUAAUUACAAUAUGGGGAUUUCAUUGAACAAUCCCUUCGUCAAGUACUUGUAAUGCGAGGCCACCAUAAAUUCUUGAUAUUCUGUAGAUGUAUCAGUUAAGAAAACAAAUAAAAACUGAAAUACUGUGGACCU